AUGGCUUACCUACAGGAUUGUACAUAUGGUAAGAACAAUGUUAGAUUUUUGAAGGUCAAGAGGGACCCUAUUGACCCUAAAAUCCAUCAGGUCAUGGAGGCUAGUGUUAGGGUCAUGCUUACGGGUGCUUUUGAUGUCUCCUACACAAAGGCAGAUAACAGCGUUAUUAUUCCAACCGAUACGAUCAAAAAUACCAUUUUGGUUGAAGCCAAGCAAACAGAUGUCUUCCCAAUUGAGAGAUUUGCCGCUCACCUUGUGAAGCAUUUCUUUGGUAAGUACAGUUGGAUUGCAGGUAUCACUGUUCAUAUUGAGCAAGCCAAAUGGUCUAAGUAUUCUGUCGAUGGAAAGCUCCAGCCACAUUCUUUUGUCAAGAAUGGUGAUGAAGUCAGGGUUUGUGAAUUGGUUUCUAAGAAGAAUGGUGACUUUGUUCUUACAGGCGGCGUGCAGGGGUUGACCGUUUUGAAGUCCUCUGGCUCUAUGUUCCAUGGCUACAAUGUUUGUGAUUACACCACUUUGAAGCCUGUUAAUGAGAGAAUCUUGUCAACAGAUGUAGACUGCAAGUACAAGUUUGACAGUGCCAAGAUUGGUUCUGUCGAUAAUAUAUUCACUUUAGCCGAUUCUGGACUGUUUGAUAAGGUCUUCCAAUCUGCUCUUAAAAUCACUUUGGACAGAUUUGCUCUCGAGAACUCGGCCUCUGUUCAAGCUACCAUGUAUAACAUGGGUACCGAUAUUGUCAAUGCUAACCCAUAUGUUUACAAUGUCUCUUAUGCCUUGCCAAACAAGCAUUACAUUCUGUUUGACUUCUCCUGGAAGGGCUUGAAGAACGAAAACGAGAUGUUCUACCCAUCACCACAUCCUAACGGUUUGAUAAAGUGUACUGUUGGAAGGGAGCCUAUUGCAAAGUUAUAA